CCUGUUGCCGUGGCAACCGCGAGACGCUGAGCUCAGCUCAAACAUGGCGCGGUGCUACAGGCUAGGCUAACGUGAAUAGCUUUAAAGAAAACGGCACCUUGCGGUAAAAACACGCACUCUGGACGGCGGUUUCACUUCGGGAUGGUAGUUAGAUGGACCGGACGGUUGAACCGUGUUUCUCAUUGAGUCGUAUGUGAGUGUUUGUCCUCUCUCUCUCUCUGUGUUAGCAUCCGAGCUAGCCUUGCUAAGCUACAUAACACGUGUUUGUGUCGGUACCGAUGGCUUUCUACGAGGUCUACUCCCACCCGGCUCUGGUUCGGUACAAAACGAGCGUCUGCACCAAAGCUACGCUGUUUCUUUUUGUUGUCCUGUGCCUCACCUACAUCCCACCUCUGCUGGUCGCUUACAGGAGCCAAGGUUUCUGGAUAAAAAGAAGCACCUAUGAGGAGCAGCCGGUCGUGAGGUUCCAGUAUCAGACUCUACUGCUGGCUUCAACCAGCACUCAGGGGGACUACGUGGCCUGGAGCACCUUCCCACAUCUGAACAACAUGCUCGGGUCCAACCUGCGGAUCCCUGCUGUGUCUGUCAGAGAAGAGGACCAGAACCAGGACGGGAAGCUGGACCUCCUGAUGUUUGAACUGCAGCUGCCUUUAAAACCCGAUGAACAGGUGUACAGCGUCCAACUGCUGCUCACCUUCAGCUACCAGCUCUUUCGGAUGUCCACGGUGGCGAUGCAGAGCCUGGCCUACGUGCAGCACUCUUCAUCCGUCCCUGGAGCUAAGCUGUUCAUCAGCGGAGACCUGAAGCUGCAGCAGAGGACACCUCUGCCCCACAGAGGACUGUACAACGUUUACAAUGUGUCUGUGAUCGAUGCCUCCAGCCCGUUUGCAAGUGCGUAUGACCUCGACAACAUAAUUGGAAGCUACCAGAAUAGAAACUUGACCACGGUUCUGUCCGGUCCCAUGCCCGUCUGGACUGUUGGACGAGCUGCCGGUUCUCCCUUUCAGCUCAAAGCCAAGAUCCGAUACCCCAUGGAGGUCAUAAGCUAUCGCCCUGGCUUCUGGGAAACCAUCAAAUUUGCCUGGAUUCAGUACGUCAGCGUCCUCCUCAUCUUCCUCUGGGUCUUUGAGCGCAUUCAGAGGUUUGUUUUCCAGAACCAGGUUCUAACCACCGUGCCCGUACCACCAGUGGGAAAACCUCACCAGUCGUGAUGCGGCGAUGCAAGCGCUUUGACAUCAAGGAGCCACACUCGCUCCGGUGACCUUCUUCUUCUCUCACUGCUGUUUGAACAGAAAUUCAUAGAAAAUAUAAAUAUAGAUUUUUAAUAUUUUUUACUAUUUGUAUAUUUAUGACAGUCAUCGAAGAAAUACAUUUUUGUAUAGCACAUUGUACAGCUUUAGGUGUUGGAUAAUAAACAAUUUGUACAUUUUAA